AUGCUUAUACUAGUUUGUGCCUUGUUUGUCAAGUCAAUCGGAGCUGGGGGCAUCAGGCCAUGUUCGAUGCCGUUCGGUGCAGAUCAGUUGAGCAACAAAAGCCAAAAGAGCCUCGAGAGCUACGUUGGCUGGUAUUAUGCCGCUGCAUCCCUCGGUGGUUCUCUUGGUUUGACAGUUGUCGUUUAUAUUAUACAGACAUAUGGGUGGACCGUGGGCUAUGGAAUAUGCACUUUUAUAAUGUUUCUUGCAGCUGUGGCGUUUUACAUUGCUUCUCCGCUCUAUGUUAAGCAGAAAGCUAGCACCAGCCUCUUCACUGGUUUUCUGCAAGUUCUUGUGGUUUCUUAUAAGAAUGGAAAACUCCCAAUCCCAUCUGAAAAUUCAGGUUACCAUCAUGGAGCCAAUUCAAAGAUUACCGUGCCGAGUGAGAAACUAAGGUUUUUGAACAAAGCGUGCAUCAUCAGAGAUGCCGAUCGCUCGUUUGGAUCAACCUUGGAUGACCCUUGGAGAGUCUGCACCGCGCAGAAAGUCGAAGAGCUUAAAGCACUUCUUAAGGUCAUACCGAUAUGGUCUACAGGGAUCAUGAUGUCAAUAGCCGGAAGCCAACACUCGUUUCCCGUGCUCCAAGCUAGUACUAUGAAUAGGGAAUUUUACGGAGGCUUCAACAUACCAGCAGCCUCAUUAACCGUCUUCAUCUAUGUAACAAUUAUGUUCUGGGUUGUCCUGUAUGAACGUGCUAUAAUUCCGUUCGCGUCGAAGAUCAAGGGUAAACAAGUAUAUCUCAGUGUCUACUUGAGGAUGGGAUUGGGUCUUUUACUCUCUGUCAUAGCCAUGGGACUAACUGCAAUGGUUGAGAAUGUAAGAUUACACAAAGCAAACCACGAGGGUCUAGUAAAAUAUCCUGAUGCAAUGGUAAACAUGUCUGCAAUGUGGCUUCUCCCGCAGUACAUCGUGAUGGGGGAUCGCCGAGGCUUGAGUAUGCUCGGGCAGUUCGAGUUUUAUCACCUAGUGUUCCCGAAGACCAUGUCUAGCAUUGCUAAUUCACUGUUCUUUCUGUCCUUGUCGUUGGCUCACAUGUUUAGUGUUCUGUUUAACAUAGUGAACCACACUAGCGCAAGAGGUGGGAACCCCGGUUUGGUUGCGGAGAACCUUAACGAGGCUCGAUUCGACUAUAUUACUUGCUUCUUUCAGGGUUGA